GCGGCCGCCGCUGAUUGGCCGCGAGCGCGGGGCCGGGCGCGCGCAGCAGCGGGUGAGUGCGAGCGGCGGCGCGUCCCAGCUCGGCUGCGACGGGGAACCGAGCGGCUGGGAGCGGGACGGGCCCUGCCCCGGCUUACCAAGAAAAAUCAAGAUGAGUCUACGAAAGCAAACUCCUAGUGACUUCCUAAAACAGAUCAUUGGAAGGCCAGUUGUUGUAAAAUUAAAUUCUGGAGUCGAUUAUCGAGGUGUCCUGGCUUGCCUGGAUGGGUAUAUGAAUAUAGCUCUGGAACAGACAGAAGAGUAUGUAAAUGGACAAUUAAAGAACAAGUAUGGAGAUGCGUUUAUCCGAGGAAAUAAUGUAUUGUACAUAAGCACACAGAAGAGAAGGAUGUGAAGAUGCCAGGAGGCUGCUCUGUAUUUGUGAAUCUCUCCAAAUGGAUGAGACCUAUUUCAUUUGUAGUUAAUCAUUCACAGGUGAAAUAUUCAAGUGCUUAAUUUUUUAAAAAAUAAAUGGAAACCAGUGUAAGCUUCCUGAGUAGUUCUGUUUGAAAGUAUUGUUUUGUCCCACUGUACAGAAAUAAAAAUGAAGCAUG